CAUGAAAGGAUUUUUGUAAAAAUUAAUGGGCUAACUCAAAUAGGAACCCAACCUAACCCAAGCUGGAUAAUUCUUCAAAAAGGUUAGUGGGACUAGCACUCAAUAGUAAAAUGCGAGUAAUCCUCACAUCGUAGAUAAAAUCGAACAAUUGAAUAGAAUAAUAAUUUAAGGGAAAUAAAGAGACUUCCUUAUGUUUAGGAUUAGAUAAGUAAUUACAGAGGCAUAAUUGGGGCAUAACAUAUCUCCAAAGCUUUAAGAUGCUUGUGAAGUAGUCCAUUAUGCAUUAUUAAACAAUAUUCCAGUCUUAAUCUCAAAGGUGAAAUUAGUGCAUCCAGAAUUUGACUUGUCAGAUUAAGUUAGUUUAUCAAUUUAUGAGAUAGAAAAUAGUAGAUGAAAGAGAAUUCGAAAAGCAAAAAGUGGAGGCGAAUCCAGAGUUAAAGUCAGAAAUUGAAGUAGAUACCUUCGCCAAUAAAGAUUAGACUGAAUACUAUGACAAUUAAAGGCAUAAAUGGAAAUAAUAAUAGAACAAGAGAAGAUGA